AGACUAGCGAUACUCUGCCGGUCGGCAUGUCUGACCCCAUGAAUUACACCAUUAGCUGGAUCUGCACUAUCACAACCGAGUAUAAUGCCGCGCGAGCCUUUCUUGAGGAAGUGCAUGAAAAACCACAACAUUUGCCACCGCACGACAAUAACGUAUACACAUUAGGCAGAGUUGGAAAACACAAUAUCGUCAUCGCUGUUAUACGUGACGGGGAGUAUGGUAUGUCCUCCGCGUUAAGCAUAGCAAUAAAUAUGCUAUCUAGCUUUCCAAACAUUAGGAUCGGUUUAGUAGUCGGUAUUGGUGGUGGUGUGCCAAGUCCAAAGCAUGAUAUCCGUCUAGGAGAUAUUGUUGUCAGUGCCCCCCGGGGUGGGAUGAGUGGUGUGUUCCGCUAUGACGUUGGCAAGACGAUACGGGAUCAGAAGUUCCGAGCAACAACGUUUUUGAACCAGCCACCAACAGUCCUGCGGACCGCUAUAAUGUCUCUAAAAGCUCAAUAUGAGGUAGAGGGACAUCGACUCGAAGAAGCCAUAAAUAGUACUUUUGAGAAGAAUCGAAGACUACGGGAGAAAUAUAGGCGACCGGACCCGAGUAGCGACAGACUACAUCGAACCGGAGUUACCCAUCCCUCAGACAAUGAAGCAAGCUGUAAUGAAGCAAGCUGUACGACAGUUUGUAGUAGCAGUCCAUCAAACUUAAUAUCUCGACCUGAGCGGACCAAAGACGAGGAUAAUCCAGCGAUUCACUACGGCCUAAUUGCCUCAGGAUUUCAGGUAGUUAAGGACGCUCAGCUUCGGGAUGAACUUGCGGCGGAAAUGGAAGUGCUGUGCUUUGAAAUGGAAGCAGCAGGGUUAAUGAAUCACUUUCCAUGCUUAGUUAUUCGUGGUAUAUGCGAUUAUUCGGAUUCUCAUAAGAAUAAGGAGUGGCAAGGAUAUGCAGCAAUGGCGGCUGCCGCAUACGCAAAAGAGCUCCUCUAUCAAAUCCCUACGGGUAGGUUAGAUGCUGGGAAGAAUACUAGUGACCUGCUUUCUUUUGAUUAA